AUGCACCCAGGCGGCAGCGAAUCAGAAAACCGGCCCUCUUUGAAGGCACAGCCUGGGUCCGCGAACCAGAUCUACAUAUCUACUGCUUAUUUUCCGCCUGGUUUUCUGCAAGACAGGGCAGCUUUUCGCGCCGGGCUCCCCGGCGCGUCAACUAUUCAGAGUCACCAUGGCGAUCACCGCAUAGAGGGCGUAGAUGCCGACGAACACGAUAUUGAAUGGUACCUACAUGUCAUUCCUUUGGACUCAGCCAGAACUAGCGAGGAGGAUGAGACCUCCAAACUGUGGAGUGAUUUGCGCGAACCAUCGCCUGCCGCUCCCGACCGCGACGUCUCUCUUGCUACUGGUGAUGGCCUUGACUUGCCCUUUGAGCCAUCAGCUCCUACAACUCAUUCAUUCACCUUGAGAGCUUCUUCCAGAGAAGUCACAAAUUCGCCCGCGCCGGAGACUUUGCUAUCAACCACCGCCACGAAUACAUCGAUUCCGACUUCCGCUUCGCCUGCUUCAUCAACGCAAGUGCCUUUGUCCUACCAGCCCAGCUUGCGCGGCUGCGAUUUCUGCCCCGAAAUCUUCCUCGGCGUGGACGACUUGGUGGAUCACAUCGAGUCUGCACACCAUCGGGGUGGACGCUUCCACUGCAAGACUUGCAAAGUGCACUUCGGCCUGAAGAAGGAUUUCCGGCGGCAUCUUGAGAGCGCAAAAUUGCAUCCAUUAUCGCGCAUCCGCUGUCGUUGUGAGAUGCUGUUCCGCAAAGACAAGUUCCGCAACCAUCUCAAGCGCAAGAAGCCGUGCGACCCCGUUGUGCCUUUUCUCUGCUCUUGUGGGCAUAGUGUGGACAGCGGCGGCUCGAAUGCCGUCGUCAGAAUGUUGCAACAUGUCGAUAGCUGCGGGCGGCGCAGGCCAGGUUGGCCGAAGAAGUGA